UGAGUGUCUCCGUACAUUGGACUCGAUUGACCAGACCUGAGCCCCCCUGUUGUAAGGUACGGCAGCCUCCCGACCGGGCCCACCAACCGCGUGAAAUAUGUUGCCCCACUUAAACCACUUCAAGUCGCGUCGCGUCUCAAACUGCAAAGUGCAGCCGUCACUAUCCACUGAUGUACAGCUCUCUCUCAAGAUUUAACAUCAUCCCCCGCUGCAUAUCCCCACGGCGAUAGGUUCCGUACCAACAGAGUGAAGCAUAUCAGAAAAACCUUUAAGCCCUAAGAAGCUGAAGUCCAUCAUCUCCCAGACAACACCUCAGACAUGGCUUUGAUUGUUGACAAACACAGGCCAAGAUCGUUGGAUAGCCUGACAUAUCAUGAAGAGCUUUCAGAAAGGCUUCGAUCUCUGGCCCAAAGCGGUGACUUCCCCCAUCUUUUAAUAUAUGGACCCUCGGGCGCUGGCAAGAAAACUCGCAUCGUAGCAACUCUCAAGGAGCUGUACGGACCCGGAGUAGAGAAGAUCAAGAUCGACGCCCGCGUCUUUCAGACCAGCAGUAAUCGCAAGCUCGAGUUCAAUAUUGUCGCCUCCAUCUACCACCUCGAAAUCACCCCCUCAGACGUCGGCAACUACGACAGGGUCGUCAUUCAAGACCUCCUCAAGGAGGUCGCGCAGACACAACAAGUCGACCAAGGUGCUCGCCAGCGCUUCAAGGUAGUUGUUAUUAACGAAGCGGACCAUCUUUCUCGCGAUGCUCAAGCCGCCCUGCGACGAACCAUGGAAAAGUACUCGCCGAACCUGAGGUUGAUUCUGUUGGCCAACUCCACAGCAAACAUAAUUGCUCCUAUCAGAUCACGGACUCUGCUUGUCAGGGUUGCGGCCCCGUCGGAGGAGGAGAUAUGCACAGUUCUCGCCGCCUCGGCGAAGAAGGAGGGUUGGGCCGUUUCGGCAAGGCUGCAUGAGAGGAUAGCUAAAGAAAGCGGGAGGAAUUUGCGGAGGGCAUUGCUGAUGCUCGAGACAGUGCAUGCGCAAAAUGAGAAAGUAGAAGACAACACGCCGAUCCCGCCGCCGGACUGGGAGGCAUUGAUCGGCCAGAUCGCCAAGGAGAUCAUGGAUGAGCACACGCCAGCAAGAAUACUUCAAGUGCGCGCAAAGCUCUAUGAUUUGCUCACACACUGCAUCCCACCAACCACAAUUCUCAAAACACUGACCUUCAAGUUGAUACCCCUGAUCGACGACGACCUCAAAGUGGAGGUCAUUAAAUGGUCUGCAUUCUAUGAGCACCGUAUCAAGAUGGGUACCAAGGUUAUAUUCCAUCUGGAAGCAUUUGUGGCCAAGUUUAUGAGGAUACUGGAGAUGUACCUGAUGGGCAUGGAUAUUGCCGGACCCUAUCGAAAUAUCACCGGGAGUAGGGCUGAGUCUUGGCCCGAGAUUGGCCGAGCUCCGCCCAGCCCGAGGCUAGAUCGGACUUGCGGAAGCAUUGGGCAGAAAGCAGUAAAGCCCAAUAUCAGAUGGCAGGUACCUUAA